UAUAUAUAUAUAUACUCUACCCUUCUCUUCAAUGUGAAGUAGAGCGCCACCAUAGGAAGGAAACCUGCAUCAAGUUGAGAAAUAGAAAGAUGGAAAAUGGCGAGACCAAAACACUGCCAAAAUCAUGGGCUAUGGUUGGUGGAGAUGGACCUCGUAGCUAUGCCCAAAAUUCUUCCUAUCAGAGGGGACUGUUGGACGCCGCGAAUGAAUUGAUGAAUGAAGGCAUCAGGGAGAAGCUUGACUUUAAAAGCCCUUGUUCUGAUUCUUCAAACAUCUGCACUUUUCGAAUCGCAGAUUUUGGAUGUUCUGUUGGACCGAAUACAUUCUUCGCAGUGGAAAGAAUCAUAGAAGCUGUGGAGCAGAAAUACCAAGCCUGUCAAUUCCGAAACUCCCCACCCCUGGAGUUCCAAGUUUUCUUCAACGACGUCACGGCCAAUGAUUUCAACACUCUCUUCAGAACCCUUCCAUCAUAUCGAAAAUACUUUGCAGCUGGAGUGCCUGGAACUUUUUAUGGUCGUUUAUUCCCGAAGUCAACGCUCCAUCUUGCAUACUCUUCCUAUUCCUUGCACUGGCUCUCUAAGGUUCCAGAGGAAGUUGUGGACGUCAAAUCUCCGGCAUGGAAUAAGGGUAGCAUACAGUGCAGUGGAACUGCAAAAGAAGUAGUGAAAGCGUAUUCAGCCCAGUUCAAAAAUGAUAUGGAUAACUUUCUGAAUGCUAGAGCUCAAGAAAUUAUCGGUGGAGGAUUGAUGGUGAUCAUAAUUGGUGGUCUUCCUGAUGGGAUCCUGAUGGCUCAGACUGGAGCUGGAAUAUGCAAUGAGCUUUUCGGGUCUUGCCUCAUCGACAUGGCGAAAUUGGGAGUGAUUAGUGAAGAAAAGGUGGAUUCCUUUAAUUUGCCUGCGUACUACUCUUCUGCUAAGGAGUUGGAAGAGAUUAUAAAGAACAACGGACAUUUCUGUAUUGAGAGAAUGAACACGCUUAAUCACCCCAUGAUGAAAAUGAAGAUUGAUGUCCGAUUUGCUAUUUCGCAAUUUAGAGCUGUUUUUCAGGCACUAUUGGAAGAACACUUUGGAAGGGAUGAUGUUGACAAAAUAUUCGAAUAUUUUGCCAAGAAGUUUGCAGACAAUUAUGACUCCGUCUUCAAUGGGGCGACGCAUCAACACGUCGACCAUUUUAUCCUGCUGAAGCGUAACAUCAACUGAUGAAAGAUAUGCGUUUUGGAUUUCAAUGUUGACGAAUUAUCAAGCUUUAAGAAAUAAUUUGUGUUUCCAUUACCUUAAGAAAUAAUGUCUGUAUCCCUUAGUGACCUCCGAUCAUUACCAGGUCUCUUGCUAGUUUCUCAAUUCUAUGAAUGAUCUGCCGGUGGCCGUGCCGGUGCCCUAACUAGCCUUGUUCGGGUAGUUUAUUUGUUAAGCAUUAAAUGAGUUUAAAACA